AUGCCCAAGUCUGUUGACACCGUUGAUCUUUCUAACACCGCCAGCGCCUACUAUGCGCCCGCGACAAUUGCCCCUGCUGGCAGGUUAAUUCACGUCGCCGGUCAGCCCGGAAGUACAAAAGACGGUGCAGUGCCUGCCGAUUAUGAGUCGCAAAUUCAUCUGGCUUUGCUGAACUUGCGCAAGAUCAUCAUCGCGGCGGGAUCUUCCAUUGAAAAUAUCGUCAAGCUCAACCUAUACAUCGUCAAUUACGACGCGGCCAACCGCAAGCAUACCCGUCACAUCCAACGAUUCCUUGCCGGACACCGACCGGCUAUAACCCUGAUCCCCACCCCCAAACUUGCCGUACCCUCGUGGCUUUUUGAGAUCGAUGCCGUAAUCGCCCUACCAGAGGCGUCGGUACCUCCCUCCCUCCCGACGGUCAAUGAGACGACCGACGUCAUCAUCAUCGGAGCUGGUCUUGCCGGUCUUUCGGCCGCUCAAGAUGUCUUGCGCGCAGGCCUGUCAUGCGUCAUUCUGGAGGCGCGCGAUCGGGUUGGUGGCAAGACGUGGAGUACGCCACUUCCAGAUGGCAAGGGAGUCAUCGAUCUGGGUGCCGCCUGGAUCAACGACACCAACCAGAGCAAGAUUUAUGCCCUGGCACAACGAUACGGGGUGGAGCUGAUUGAACAGAACACUCAAGGCAACGCGGCUUUGGAAGACGCCGAUGGCAACUGCUCCCCCUUCGCUUACGGAGAGCUUCCCAACUUUGAUAAAGCCACCCAAGCGCAUCUGGCAGGGAUCCGGGAUAUGUGCGAAGCUGAUUGCCAGGCCCUGGACACAUGGCGACCGAAAGACACCAGCCUGGAUUCUCUCACAUUCGAGGCCUACUUGCGCUCCCGGGGAGCUAGCGAAGCGGCCCUCUCUACCGCGACGGUUUGGACUCGGGCUAUGCUGGGCCAGGAUCCCAAAGACAUCUCAGCUCUGUACUUCCUGAAUUACUGCAAAUCCGGGGGUGGUCUCUUGCAGAUGCGGUCGGAUCGUAAGCACGGUGGCCAAUAUCUGCGCGUUCGCCAGGGCACCCAGGCUUUCUCUUUGGGACUAGCAUCUUCACUCCCAGAAGGUACUGUCCGACUCUCUAGCCCCGUUCAAUCGGUCAUCCAAACUGCAGACCGGGCAGUUAAGGUGCAAGCGGGAGGGGCUGUCUAUGCCGGCCGCAAGGUCAUCAUCACGGUGCCUAGUCCGGCUAUGAAGACCAUUUCCUUCUACCCCAAACUGCCUGACGCGAAGCGAGCGUGGAUCGAGUCCACCACCUACGGGUACUAUACCAAGGCCAUGAUGGAGUUUCGCUCGCCCUUCUGGGUCAAAGCUGGCUUCUGCGGCCUCGCACAAUCAUUCAUUGGCCCCGCCAGCGUUGUUCGCGAUAGCUGCAGCCCCGAAGAUCGCAAGUAUGUUUUGACGUGCUUCAUGUCGGGUGAUCCCGGCCGAGCGUGGGCUGCGCUACCCACCAAGGAGCGAGAGCAGAGUCUGUUGCAACAACUGACCAAGCUUUUUGGCGUCUCUAAUCUCGACUCUGAGUUUAUGCAGAUGACCACGUACGAAUGGGUGAAUGACGAGUGGGCCGGCUGGGGCUGUCCAUGCACUGCUCUGACCCCUGGCGUCCUGGACACCCUGGGCCCCGACGCACUGCGAGAGAGCUCGGGCAAUCUGCACUUUGCAGGCACUGAGACGGCUGGAGAGUGGAAGGGUUAUAUGGAGGGCGCUGUUCGUAGCGGGGAGCGAGCUGCCGCCGAGGUGGUCAAGAGCUUGAAUGUUGGUAUUACCUCGCGACUGUGA